CCUGUGGUGAAGAUUGAGCUGUCGUAUGUCAGACUACAAGCAGAAUGACAGUCAAACGGUGUCAAUAGUUGCACCGUCUGCCACUUGAAGACUUCCUACAGACACUGUAAUCUUCACAACUACUUGCAAACGUGGGUUUCAUGACCUCAGUUACAGAUGAGGAAACAGGCUUGAGGAGUCUUGCUGCCCUGGACGUGGCCAUGGAAGACCUGGGGGAAAACACCACUGUCCUGUCCUCCCUGAGAUCUUUGAACAACUUCAUUUCCCAGCGAGUGGAAGGAGGAGUUGGACUGGAUGUUUCCACCUCUGCCCAAGGUUCUCUGCAGAUGCAGUACCAGCAGAGUAUCCAGUUGGAAGAGCGAGCAGAGCAGAUCCGUUCGAAGUCUCACAUCAUCCAGGUGGAGCGCGAGAAGAUGCAGAUGGAGCUGAGUCACAAGAGGGCCCGAGUGGAGCUGGAGCGCGCGGCCAGCACCAGUGCCAGGAGCUACGAGCGGGAGGUGGACCGCAACCAGGAGCUCCUGACACGCAUUCGGCAGCUGCAAGAGCGGGAGGCAGAGGCAGAGGCGAAGAUGAAGGAGCAGCUGGAGCGCAACAGGCUGUGUAAGCAGAGCCUGGACAUGGCCAACAAGAAGCUGCGGGAGAAGGAGGACAGCCUGGCCCAGGCCGGCGAGACCAUCAGUGAAUUAAAGGGCAGGAUCUCAGACCUGCAGUGGACUGUGAUGGACCAGGAGAUGCAGCUGAAGGGCCUGGAGUCGGAGAAGCAGGAGCUGCGGGAACAGCUGGACUUGCAGCACCGAAAAUGGCAGGAAGCUAAUCAGAAGAUUCAGGAACUCCAGGCCAGCCAAGAAUCGAGGGCAGACCAGGAGCAGCGGAUCAAGGAUUUGGAGCAGAAGCUGACGCUGCAGGAGCAGGAGGCUGUGAUUGUGAAGAACAUGAAGUCGGAGCUGGUGCGGCUGCCCAAGGUGGAGCGGGAGCUGAAGCAGCUGAAGGAGGAGAACGCCUACCUGCGGGAGAUGCGAGAGACCAACGGGCUGCUCAGGGAAGAAGUAGAGGGGCUCCAGCGGAAAUUGGGGCGUCAGGAGAAGAUGCAGGAAAAUUUGGUUGACUUGGAGCUGGAGAAGGAGAGGCUGCUCGCGAAGCUGCAGAGCUGGGAGAGACUGGACCAGAGCACGGGCUUGAGCAUCAGGACCCCGGAAGACCUCUCCAGGUUCAUUGUUGAGCUGCAGCAGCGAGAACUGGCCCUGAAGGAGAGGAACGGCUCCCUCGCCAGCAGUGCCAGAGAGCUGGACAAGGUCAGGCAGCAGCUCCAGGAGGAGGCUCGCCAGCUCGGCACCCAGCUGCUGGAGGAGAGGAAGAAGCGCGAGACGCAUGAGGCCCUGGCCCGCAGGCUUCAGAAGCGGGUCCUGCUGCUGACAAAGGAGCGGGACGGCAUGCGCGCCAUCCUGGGGUCCUACGACAGUGAGCUCACCCCAGCCGAGUACUCACCCCAGCUGACCCGGCGUGUGCGCGAGGCUGAGGACAUGGUGCAGAAGGUGCAUGCCCACAGCUCAGACAUGGAGGCUCAGCUGUCAGAGGCGCUGGAGGAGCUGGGAAGCCAGAAGCAGAGAGCAGACAUGCUGGAGAUGGAGCUGAAGAUGCUGCAGUCUCAGUCGGGCCCUGCUGAGCAGAGCGUCCUGUUAUCCAGGGAGGAGGUGAGCGCGCUCAGGCUGAAAAUUGAGGAGCUGGAGGGGGAGCGGAGCCGUCUGGAAGAAGAGAAGAAGAAGCUGGAAGUACAGCUCGAGCAGCUCACCCUGGUGGGUGACUACGACCAGAGCAAAACCAAAGUUCUGCACCUGGCUGUGAACCCAGCCAGCGAGGCGCGGCAGGGCCUCCGCCAGGACCAGGCUCGGCUGCAGGAGGAGUGCGAGCGGCUGCGGACCCUGCUGGGCACCCUGGAGAGAGGCGGCCCCGUCCCGGCCGGCUUGGAGGCCUCGUGCCUGCCGUCGUCCAAGGAGGUGGCAGGCCACAGGACCCUCGGGCACCACCAUGCAGCUGCUGGAGACGGAGUUCUCGCGCACGGUGCCGGAGCUCAUCGAGCUGCACCUGCUGCGCCAGGACAGCAUCCCCGCCUUCCUCAGCGCCCUGACCCUCGAGCUCUUCAGCCGUCAGACCCUGGCCUAGCCAUGCCCUCCGCUCUGAAGGCGGGCCGGCUGCAGCAGGAGCCACAUGGCCAGCUCCCGCCACACACAGCCCGCCACUGCCCUCGGCCACCCGGGCAGCGUCAAGACAGAGUGGGGACCCAUAGCCGCCCUGUUCCCCAGCCCGGGCCGCUCUGCAGGGAAGGGCUUCCGCGCUCCCCCUCAUCCUCCAUCCUGGAAAGCGUGCAGGGCUGCUCUGGGGGCCUGCUUCCUGCCCCCUCCCCAGGUACCCCACCACACACAGCUCAAACCCUGCCUGGCUGGGAGCCUGGCAGAUAGACCUGGGGCCACCAGGCGAAGACCUGGGACUGAAUAAAGUUUCCCCCUCGGCCACCUGGCCUGUUCACUGUGUGGUCUGACCCCUGAGCUGACGCUCAGUCUGGCCCCGGGGCAGCCCCUGGACCGUGGGGGUAGCCCUGGAGCCACUGCCCCCAACACAGGAAAGGGAGCCGAGCGGCAGCCGGCUCAUCCAAGGGUGAAGGCAUUCACUGCACCCAGCGCCUUCUCAGACACCCACCCAGCCCCAGGUUCCCCACCUGCCAGAUGGACCAGUGACCCCCGCACUGUGGCCGUGGCCGCUGGCCAGGAAGGUGGCUCCAAGCACUUCUAGUGGGUGCUGGCAGCAGAGGCUGGCUGGGCCUCUCGUGGGGGUGGGGGCUUCUCCUGAAAUCCGGGGCACCCAUGGGAGAGGUCCCUAACUCCACAUGAGAUCUCUUUCGUUCAGUGACCUCAGGACCACACAUCGAGAUCCCCAGGGCCAAAGUGGGGUUCAUGGCACACGUCUAGGUGCAGUCCUCUCCCCACACCCCAGGAUUCAGGGCACCCAGGGAUGGGGGCUGCCUUCCUGAGGGGGGCUCCCAACAGAAGAGGCCCUGGGGUGUGGCCGGCAAACCCCAGACGGACUUUGGCUUCUGCUCACAGCUCUGGCCAAUGGCGGAGCUGCCCCCAGGGCUUGGGAGCCAACAGAGCCUGUGGUGGUGGUCCCGCCCUGGCGCAGUGGGCACAGAAACAGAUUUCCUGCAGCCUCACUGACGCACAGCGGCGCUCCAGGCCUGUCAGCCGUCACAGGAGGGUGGGUCCUGACGUCAGCGGCUCCUGCAGCCUCACAUGGCACAGUCACCGGUGUGUCCUGCACAGGGAGCCCUCCAUCUGAGCCACCGGCGGUGGGACCGGCUCCAGGGCCCCUCACCCAGCCGGCUCUGCCACAGAGGCCUGAGGCUCCUGCCAGGGAGGGCAGGACUGGGCCACCUGCUCCCUGGAGCCCAGGGUCCUGGGGGUGUUUGGCACCUUCAGGUGCAUUCCUGGGGAGGCUCGGGCUGUGCUCCACCCCCACACAAAGCUGAAGGCGACUCGCGGUGGCUUCAGUCACUAGAACCAUGAACUUGGGCUCAGACAGAGAUGAACUUGGGCUGGCUGGCUGGCUGGUCCAUCCACAGCCGUUUGCACACAAUUCGGCCCGGGAGACUUUACUGUUCCCAUUUCACAGAUGAGAAGGCUGAGGCUUGGCAUGGUGAGGUGGCUUCCCGGGGCCAGGGCUGGUCAGAACUGAGGCUCAUCCAGCUUGGGGGCCUCUGCACUCCUUUUAUCCCAGAGCUCCAGGCUCCUCAUGCCGUGCUCUGCAGGGUCCCUAACACUGCCUGUGGGCACUGGAGGCUCCCAUGGCAUUGUCAAUACCAUGGAACAGCAGCAAGGCUCAGUUCCAAACUGCUGCCCUGACUUGGAGGCUGGCCGAGCCACACGGACCGCUCCCCACGGGGGAUCAGGAGGGAGCUCCCGGGGUCCCAGGCCCACAGAGGAGACCGCCAGUUGGAGGCUUUCAGGCAGACGCCAAAGUGGAUUCUUUCAUUCUGACCAUUGCUGAGCAGUUGUGCCAGGUUGCCAGGGUCACGUCAGUUCCAAGUGGACCCCCGGAGGUGGGGGGGUGGGGCGUUUGGGCGGGAGGCCCACAGACCUCAGCUCUGUGCUUGGUCCUGUCCCCCUCCGCUCACAAGCCCCAGCCCUGCUCCUCUAUGGGGGGAAUGGCCCCCCAGGAUGCUCUUGGGCCCCAGGCUGGGAGCGUGCGGGGUCGGGAGACCAGCCCCUUCUCUGCCCCCUCCCGUGCCCCAGGGAGCUCGGGCCCAGUGUGGCUGACAGUGUGUUCAAGUGGCCCAGGCUUCCCCAGGCCUGGACCUGGCUGGCCAGGAAGACGGGCGUCGACUUCUGCCGAGUGGGCAGCAGAACGAGUCAUGAGCACUGACCCUGCAGGGGACCCAGGGGCCACAAGACACCCCAAGGGGGUGCUCUCAGUUGCAAGGCCUGAACUAAACUGUGGCCAACCCAGCCAGAGGAGGAAUGUACUGGAAGGAUUUGGGUAGGGGCUAAGCAAUGGGGCACAGAACUGGGGGAGCCGCACUCCGUGACCUAGCCCCAACUCCCACUAGGGGCCUUGGGCCCCACGUACCCGCUGCCCAGCAUGUGCCACGAGGUCCUAUGGCCACAGGACGCCACCAACAUGAUUCCUAACUGUCCCCGAGGCUUUGUGUCACCUCUUCAGUUAGAGUCCCUGCCUAGAGUCUUGGGUUGCAGGACCUGGGCCACCUACCACCACCCCGUCCCCACUUCUGU